UUAACAUUUCCUAUAACAAUUUCUAUUUUCAUGCGCCAAAUUGAAUCAUUAAAAAAAACAAACUUGCUAACACACAACUAACUAACUAAAACAAAAAAGACAAACUAACUCCGAGCAAAAAAGACAAACACAAAUGCCGCUAAGAACACCACUAACAAUGUGAAGACGCCCGCGGGUGCCACGCCCACAACGAUGACGAUCAGCACAACGCCCGCCUCUGUGACAAGAGCACUCAACAGCAGCAGCAACCACAACAACAGCAGCAACAGCAACAACAACACCAGCUCGAAUAACAACAAUGUGAACAGCGAGAAGAGUUGUCUGCCCGUAACGCAAACCGUGACCCGGAUUGGAAGCAUUGGACGCACAACGAUUGCGUGCAUCACGCCGGCGAGCCUGAAGAAUAGCUCGAGCAAUUGCAAUGUGGAUGCCGCAUCGGCGGCGGCGCUCGCGGCCGCUGGCGUUGAGCUGGACAGCAUUGAUGAUGCGAUGACCGAGGUGAUAGUGAAGAUCGAGAAUCCUGAGAAUGUGUCGCUCAACGGCGAUGAGGCUGUGUGCAAUGAGGCGAUCGAUGAUGAGAACACCUUUGACUAUGACCUCAAGCUGGCCAGUCCAUUGUCGUGGACGUACGAUGCCGUGAAGAUCGAGAACGAAGAGUUCGAGGAUAGCUAUCUGAUGGACAACGAUGAUGAUGACGAUGAUCUAUUGACCACGGCGGCUGCAUCGCAAAAGCAUGCCAAGCAGUCCAAGAGCAAUAACAAUGGCAAUGCCAACAACAACAACAGUGGCUCAAAAAUCGUGCUCAGCUCCCAGCAGCAGCAACAGUUGCUCGACCAGCAGCAACAUCUGCAGCAUCUGCAACUGCAGCCCACCAGUCAAUCGUCGUUGCAAAUCAAGCUGCCCACCAUACCAGCAACCAUAACGACCAUCGCGGCACCAACCGCGAAGCAACAACCAAUUGCUAGCACCAGUGGCGGAGCUAAUGCCAACAGCAGCAGCGGUGGCAACUCAACGGUGCUCUCGAGCAACAAAAUGGCUCUCAAUGUGGACGCACAGAAUCUGAACUUGCACUGGUCGCACACCGAUGACAAUCGCUAUCGCAUUCUGGUGCAGAACAAACGGAUGCGCAAGGAGUCGCUGGAGCAUUCGGCCGAUAUGAUCUACAACGCGGACAUCGAGAAGCCGUGGGUGUGCCGCAACUGCAAUCGCACCUACAAAUGGAAGAACAGUCUCAAGUGUCAUCUGAAGAACGAAUGCGGUCUGCCGCCUCGCUACUUCUGCAGCAAGAUGUGCGGCUAUGCGACGAAUGUGCACAGCAAUCUGAAGCGGCAUCUCAACACCAAGUGUCGGGAUCGCGAGAAGGAGGAGGAGGAGAAGGAAAAGGAAAAGGAGAAAGAGAAGGAGAAGAAAUACAAUGUUACUGCUGUGCCCGCAACAACCACAACAAGCGUCAAUGUGAACACCAGCAGCAGCGGAAGCAGCAGCAAUGGCAACACCAGCACCUACACACUAGUCUUUCCAAACAAAUAGGCUAGGAGCAAUGAGUAAAAUUCCCCCUUGAAACAAGUUGUACAAAAUAAGCUGGAACUGGACCUGGAGCUGGCACUUUGGAAAUGCAAAACUGCAAAACUGCAAACAAAAAUAUUGAUUGAUUGCAAGCUUGUCUCUAGUACAAAUUAAGUUUCUCUUUUUUCGUUUUCAUUACACACAUUUUUCUGUUUGUUUUUCCUGUUUUCCAUUAUAUAUUUAAAAAGUAUUACAAGCGCGUGCAAUAUUCAGCGCUGUCCCGAAAAAAAAACCAAAAAAACCAAAAAUAAUCGCAGCAGGCAAAGCGCAGCACUGAAUCUGAAAGUAGUUUUAAUAUUGUUUUAUGUUGCAUGUGCCAGCGGCAAGUGUUGCAAGUACCAAAGAAAAAUACAAUACAAAAAAAAAACCUAAAAAGACAGCAAAAAGAAAAAAAAAUACUUAGACUUAGUUGGCAAUACAAAACGCGUAUUGUUUUAGCGAAUUCUCAAACAAAAGGAAAACUUUACAAAAACCACAAAAAAAAAAAGAAUAUAAAAAUAAUGUGUAAAUUUUUUUCCGAGAAAAAUCUCACACAAAGAAAUUAUGCGCUAGUCACAGCAAAAAUUGUUUAAGUGUGCUAUAUACAACAAAACCAAAAAAAAAACAAAAAUCGAUUUUUGUAUUAAUUAAUUCUUAAUUUUAAAACAGAAAAAAAUAAAAAAAAAAUACCAUAUGCAUGGCAUGAAAACACGCCCCGCCCUCAACAAAAAAGAACAAACUAUAAUAAUUAUAUUUAAAAAUACAAAAACAAAAAAAUAAAAAAAAUACAAUACACACAACACAUUCA